GGGGGAGUGGCGCUGGUCGGCGGCUUCAGCGCCCGCCGGCACAGCGACUGCUGGUGGACGGAGGACGGCGCGGGCUGGACGGCCUGGACGCGCGACGAGGGCGCCCCCUUCGCGCGCAGGGUGCAGCACGCGCUGUUCGGCGGCCCGGGGGGCGCCGUGUGGCUGGCGGGCGGCCAGGGGCCGGGCUGGCGCGCGCUCAACGACCUGUGGCGUCUGGGGGCGGAGGGCCAGUGGCACAGGGUGGCCGAGGCCUCGGCCUGGAAGCCGCGCUUCGACUUCGGAGCGGCCGAGCUCGGUGACGGCCGCAUGCUGGUGACCGGCGGCGGCAGCGGCCAACAGG